AUGGCUACUGCAUCAGUUGUGUUUAAGACUAGAGAAGAGUAUAGAAAGCAGUAAGAACUGGAGGAAGCUCGUAAAGCCGGGCUUGCUCCAGCGGAGAUCGAUGAGGAAGGAAAAGAGAUUAACCCUCACAUUCCUCAAUACAUGUCAUCUGCUCCAUGGUACCUCAAUGCCGAGAAACCUAGCUUGAAACAUCAAAAGAAGUGGAAACCUGAUAUAAACUAUACAAAGUCAUGGUACGAUAGAGGAGCGAAAACAUUUCAAGCAGAGAAGUAUAGGAAAGGAGCUUGUGAAAACUGUGGGGCUAUGACGCAUAAGACGAAACUGUGCACAGAGAGGCCAAGAAAGAUAGGAGCAAAGUGGACGAAUAAGAAUAUUGCUCCUGAUGAAAAGAUUGAGACUUUCGAGCUUGAUUAUGAUGGGUAAAGGGAUAGAUGGAACGGUUACGAUACAGCUCAAUAUGCUAGAGUGGUAGAGAGGUAUGAGGCUAGGGAUGAAGCAAGAAGGAACUUCUUAAAUGACCAGCAAUUGAAGAAGCUUGAAAAGAAAAGUGACAAGCAACUUGUGGGGGAAGAGUUUAGUGAUGAUGAUGAAGAAGAAGAUGCUCUGAAACAUGAUGAAGCCAAAGCUGAUGAGAGCAAGCAAAUGGACUUUGCUAAGGUAGAAAAACGUGUUCGAACUACUGGAGGUGGCAGUACAGGAACUGUUAGGAACUUGCGUAUCCGUGAGGACACUGCGAAAUAUCUUCUAAAUCUUGAUGUCAAUUCUGCUUACUAUGAUCCCAAAACUCGAUCUAUGCGUGAAGAUCCUCUUCCCAAUGCUGAUCAAAAUGAGAAGUUCUAUGCGGGAGACAAUCAAUACAGAAUGACUGGACAAGCUCUAGAAUCCAAGAAGCUCAAUAUUCACUCAUUGAAAUCAUUUGAGAAAGGGCAGGAUGAGAUUAACAUGCAAGCUGCUCCUUCUCAAGCCGAGCUGCUUUUCAAGAAUUAUAAAGAAUCAAAAGAAAAACUGAAGAAACAGAUCAAAGAAACCAUCAUGGAGAAAUAUGGAAACGCUGCUUCUGAGGAAGAAAUCCCAAAGGAGCUUUUACUGGGGCAAAGCGAGAGAGAAGUUGAAUAUGACCGUUGUGGAAGAGUUAUUAAAGGAUUGGAAUCAUGGCUACCUAAAAGCAAAUAUGAGGAAGAUGUUUAUACAAACAACCACACAAGUGUAUGGGGGUCAUGGUGGAAGGAUCAUCAGUGGGGAUACAAAUGUUGCCAGCAAACAAUCAAGAACAGCUAUUGCACCGGAGUUGCAGGAAUCGAGGCGGCUGAGGAAGCUGCAGAUCUGACGAAAAUCAAUUUUGAAAGACGCGCUGCAGCCUCUUAUGAGAUGUCCGAUCCAAUAAAGGAGAAAAGAUCCCUGACUUGGGGAAGUGAAACACCACAUGAUCUUGUUCUUGACAAGAAAAAACUUGCGGAAGCUCUCAAGAAGGAGGAUGAGAGAAAGAGUGAGGAGAAAGACGAGAGAAAACGCAAAUACAACGUCCGGUGGAAUGAUCAGGUUACGCCCGAGGAGAUGGAAGCUUACCGAAUGAAAAGAAGGCAUGAGAAUGAUCCUAUGAAGAAUCUUGUGCACUAAGGAAACGGAAGAGGAUCGAGGAAGAGUGGAAAUGCAAAUACCAAUUUUCAAAUUAGUGCAACAUUUCCACUCAAUUAUUUUAUAGGUUGUAGUCACCAAAAUUGGAACUCUAAUGAAUACUUACAAGUUACAAGUUUACUCUUCUCCAGUAACUUGCGAUCUUGUCUUAUCCGAGACCAAUCCUGGAGACUCCCUGAGGCCGUUGUUCAUCUACAAACGAUGGAUGGAUCCCAACUAUCUUUACCAUAAAAUGGUUUGUAAACCUUUUCCAUUUAACUAAUGUGAUGAAGGGUCAUGACUCAUGAUGAUGGAUCGUUUCUCUUGAGAAGUAGUACAUUGUUCAUUCGAGAAAAGAGCCAUGUAUUCGAUCGCUUCAAU